CCCCAGCCCCCAAGACCCUGGCGCCCCAGCCGCAAGGGCUGCGCCCCCGGGAGUCGCGAUGUGCGUCGUCUCAGAGCCUGUGGGCCUCCCUGCCCUCAAUGCCCUCCGUGUCCUCCGCACAGGCCUCCGCCUCUUUCAGAAUGACGCUGGAUGUGGGGCCGGAGGAUGAGCUGCCCGACUGGGCCGCGGCCAAGGAGUUUUACCAGAAGUAUGACCCUAAGGACGUGAUUGGCAGAGGCGUGAGCUCUGUGGUUCGUCGAUGUGUUCAUCGCGCCACCGGCAACGAGUUCGCCGUGAAGAUCAUGGAGGUGACAGCAGAGCGGCUGAGUCCUGAGCAGCUGGAGGAGGUGCGGGAAGCCACACGGCGAGAGACACACAUCCUUCGCCAGGUCGCCGGCCACCCCCACAUCAUCACACUCAUCGAUUCCUAUGAGUCUUCUAGCUUCAUGUUCCUGGUGUUUGACCUGAUGCGCAAGGGAGAGCUAUUUGACUACCUCACCGAGAAGGUGGCCCUCUCAGAAAAGGAAACCAGGGUCAUCAUGAGGUCUCUGCUGGAAGCAGUGAGCUUUCUCCAUGCCAACAACAUCGUGCAUCGAGACCUGAAGCCCGAGAACAUCCUCCUGGAUGACAACAUGCAGAUCCGACUCUCGGACUUUGGCUUCUCCUGCCACUUGGAACCUGGUGAGAAGCUUCGAGAACUGUGUGGGACCCCAGGGUACCUAGCACCAGAGAUUCUCAAAUGCUCCAUGGAUGAAACCCACCCAGGUUAUGGCAAGGAAGUCGACCUCUGGGCCUGUGGGGUGAUCCUGUUCACACUCCUGGCGGGCUCCCCACCAUUCUGGCAUCGGCGCCAGAUCCUGAUGCUGCGCAUGAUCAUGGAGGGCCGGUACCAGUUCAGUUCUCCCGAGUGGGAUGAUCGGUCCAGCACCGUUAAAGACCUGAUCUCAAGGCUGCUAAAGGUAGACCCUGAAGAGCGCCUGACAGCAGAGCAGGCCCUGCAGCACCCCUUCUUUGAGCGCUGCCAAGGCAGCCAGCCUUGGAACCUCACACCCCGCCAACGGUUCCGGGUGGCUGUGUGGACCGUGUUGGCUGCUGGGCGAGUGGCACUAAGCAUGCAGCGCCUCCGGCCACUGACCAAGAGCGCCCUGCUGAGGGACCCCUACGCCCUGCGGCCGGUGCGGCGCCUCAUUGACAACUGUGCCUUUCGGCUCUACGGGCACUGGGUGAAGAAGGGCGAGCAGCAGAACCGAGCAGCCCUCUUCCAGCACCGGCCCCUGUCUCCGUUUCCUGUUGUGGGCCCUGAAGAGGAAGGGGACUCAGCUGCUGUCAAUGAGGAUGAGGCAGCCCUGGGGCUGGGCUAAGUCCUUGGGCCCCGGGUGAACCCGGGAAGCAGGACUCUGGAGGAAGGAGAUUUUCUUUUUUCAUUCCAGCCCUCAGGGCUUGGGCCUCAGGCCCCCUGCCAAUCAUGCCACUAUCAGAGCCUCCUGCCCUGCACACCUGCCUCGCCAGCCAGGGCUGGGGGAGCAGGGCUGGGGCGGGAAGGAGCCAAUGCAGACACCGCGCCUGUGCAUGAAAUAAAAUCAUCUUGCUGGGGAGAGCAGGCA